AUGGAUGGUGUGCAAAGUGUGACAGCUAUCCAUUAUGUCCAGGUGUUCUCGAAAAUAUUCAACCAUGAAGCGUUGGAGACCUACCUCCCGAAAAUACAGCUGGUCAUCCAGGACACAUUACGGAUGUGGAGCAGCAGUCCCGAACCCAUCAAUGUCUACUGUGAGGCUCAGAAGCUGACUUUCCGCAUGGCCAUCAGGGUUCUGCUGGGUUUCAGGCUUUCUGAUGAAGAACUGAACCUCUUGUUCCGGGUGUUUCAACAGUUUGUCGAAAAUGUCUUCUCACUGCCAGUGGAUAUCCCUUUCAGUGGUUAUAGGAGGGGCAUCCGAGCACGUGAGACACUGCUGAGGGGUUUGGAGAAGGCAAUCCAGGAGAAGCUGCAGAACACCCAGGGGAAGGACUACAUGGACGCCUUAGAUGUCCUUAUCGAGAGUGGCAAGGAGCACGGCAAUGAGCUGACCAUGCAGGAGCUGAUGGAUGGGACUCUGGAGCUGAUCUUCGCUGCCCACGCCACCACCGCCAGUGCUAGCACAUCGCUUAUCAUGCAGCUGCUGAAGCAUCCAGCUGUUUUGGAGAAGCUGAGGGAAGAGCUGCGCAGCAAUGGGAUCCUGCACAACGGCUGCGUCUGCGAGGGGGCACUACGCGUAGACACCGUGACCACCCUCCCUUACCUGGACUGCGUCAUCAAAGAGCUGCUGAGGCUUUACAGCCCAGUUUCUGGGGGCUACCGGACUGUGCUGCAGACCUUCGAGCUGGACGGAUGCCAGAUCCCCAAAGGAUGGAGUGUCUUGUACAGCAUCCGGGACACUCAUGACACAUCUCCGGUCUUCAAGGAUGCUGAUGUCUUUGACCCUGACCGCUUUGGGCAAGACCGUACAGAAGACAAAGAUGGCAGAUUUCAUUAUUUACCAUUUGGUGGUGGAGUACGGAACUGUUUGGGCAAACAGUUGGCCAAGCUUUUCUUGAAGACCUUGGCCAUUGAGCUGGCCAGCAUGAGCAGGUUUGAGCUGGCCACCAGAACUUUCCCAAAAGUUACACCGGUGCCGGUGGUCCAUCCAGCUGAUGAACUAAAGGUCAGGUUUUAUGGACUAGAUUCCAACCAAAAUGAAAUUGUGACGGAAACAGAAGCCAUGCUUGGUGCAACUGUGUAG